CCGUUUUCCCCCUUAUCCCUGUAGUUGAAAGGCUAAGUGAACAAACACAGAGUUUGUUUUAUUCCCAACCAACCACGGAACAGUCAUUUCCUUGCAGAAUAGUUGGCUUAGGGAGAAAGAGACACAGAAAACAAAACAAGUUCAUCAUGUACAGCUUGGUCUGGCUACACCCCUUUUCAGAAACCAGGCUGUGUAAGAGCUGCUGGAGUAGGCACCCAUUUAAAGAAAAAAUGAAGAAGCAGCAAUAAAGAAGUUGUAAUCGUUACCUAGACAAACAGAGAACUGGUUUUGACAGUGUUUCUAGAGUGCUUUUUAUUAUUUUCCUGACAGUUGUGUUCCACCAUGAUUACUUUCUCCUUCAGUGAAUAGGCUAAAUGAAUAUGAAACAGAAAAGCGUGUAUCAGCAAACCAAAGCACUUCUGUGCAAGAAUUUUCUUAAGAAAUGGAGGAUGAAAAGAGAGAGCCUAUUGGAAUGGGGCCUCUCAAUACUUCUAGGACUGUGUAUUGCUCUGUUCUCCAGUUCCAUGAGAAAUGUCCAGUUUCCUGGAAUGGCUCCUCAGAAUCUGGGAAGGGUGGAUAAAUUUAAUAGCUCUUCUUUAAUGGUUGUGUAUACACCAAUAUCUAAUUUAACCCAGCAGAUAAUGAAUAAAACAGCACUUGCUCCUCUUUUAAAAGGAACAAGUGUCAUUGGGGCACCAAAUAAAACACAUAUGGACGAAAUACUUCUGGAAAAUUUACCAUAUGCUAUGGGAAUCAUCUUUAAUGAAACUUUCUCUUAUAAGUUAAUAUUUUUCCAGGGAUAUAACAGUCCACUUUGGAAAGAAGAUUUCUCAGCUCAUUGCUGGGAUGGAUAUGGUGAGUUUUCAUGUACAUUGACCAAAUACUGGAAUAGAGGAUUUGUGGCUUUACAAACAGCUAUUAAUACUGCCAUUAUAGAAAUCACAACCAAUCACCCUGUGAUGGAGGAGUUGAUGUCAGUUACUGCUAUAACUAUGAAGACAUUACCUUUCAUAACUAAAAAUCUUCUUCACAAUGAGAUGUUUAUUUUAUUCUUCUUGCUUCAUUUCUCCCCACUUGUAUAUUUUAUAUCGCUCAAUGUAACAAAAGAGAGAAAAAAGUCUAAGAAUUUGAUGAAAAUGAUGGGUCUCCAAGAUUCAGCAUUCUGGCUCUCCUGGGGUCUAAUCUAUGCUGGCUUCAUCUUUAUUAUUUCCAUAUUCAUUACAAUUAUCGUAACAUUCACCCAAAUUAUAGUCAUGACUGGCUUCAUGGUCAUAUUUAUACUCUUUUUUUUAUAUGGCUUAUCUUUGGUAGCUUUGGUGUUCCUGAUGAGUGUGUUGUUAAAGAAAGCUGUCCUCACCAAUUUGGUUGUGUUUCUCCUUACCCUCUUUUGGGGAUGUCUGGGAUUCACUGUUUUUUAUGAACAACUUCCUUCAUCUCUGGAGUGGAUUUUGAAUAUUUGUAGCCCUUUUGCCUUUACUGCUGGAAUGAUUCAGAUUAUCAAACUGGAUUAUAACUUGAAUGGUGUAAUUUUUCCUGACCCUUCAGGAGACUCAUAUACAAUGAUAGCAACUUUUUCUAUGUUGCUUUUGGAUGGUCUCAUCUACUUGCUAUUGGCAUUAUACUUUGACAAAAUUUUACCCUAUGGAAAUGAGCGCCAUUAUUCUCCUUUAUUUUUCUUGAAUUCAUCAUCUUGUUUCCAACACCAAAGGACUAAUACUAAGGUUAUUGAGAAAGAAAUCGAUGCUGAGCAUCUCUCUGAUGAUUAUUUUGAACCAGUAGCUCCUGAAUUCCAAGGAAAAGAAGCCAUCAGAAUCAGAAAUGUUAAGAAGGAAUAUAAAGGAAAGUCUGGAAGAGUGGAAGCAUUGAAAGGCUUGCUCUUUGACAUAUAUGAAGGUCAAAUCACGGCAAUCCUGGGUCACAGUGGAGCUGGCAAAUCUUCACUGCUAAAUAUUCUUAAUGGAUUGUCUGUUCCAACAGAAGGAUCAGUUACCAUCCGUAAUAAAAAUCUCUCUGAAAUGCAAGACUUGGAGGAAAUCAGAAAGAUAACCGGCGUCUGUCCUCAAUUCAAUGUUCAGUUUGACAUACUCACCGUGAAGGAAAACCUCAGCCUGUUUGCUAAAAUAAAAGGGAUUCAUCCAAAGGAAAUGGAACAACAGGUACAACGAAUAUUAUUGGAAUUGGACAUGCAAAACAUUCAAGAUAACCUUGCUAAACAUUUAAGUGAAGGACAGAAAAGAAAGCUGACUUUUGGGAUUGCCAUUUUAGGAGAUCCUCAAAUUUUGCUCUUAGAUGAACCAACUACUGGAUUGGAUCCCUUUUCCAGAGAUCAAGUGUGGAGCCUCCUGAGAGAGCGUAGAGCAGAUCAUGUGAUCCUUUUCAGUACCCAGUCCAUGGAUGAGGCUGACAUCCUGGCUGAUAGAAAAGUGAUCAUGUCCAAUGGGAGACUGAAGUGUGCAGGUUCUUCUAUCUUUUUGAAAAGAAGGUGGGGUCUUGGAUAUCACCUAAGUUUACAUAGGAAUGAAAUAUGUAAUCCAGAACAAAUAACAUCCUUCAUUACUCAUCAUAUCCCUGAUGCUAAAUUAAAAACAGAAAACAAAGAAAAGCUUGUAUAUACUUUGCCACUGGAAAGGACAAAUACAUUUCCAGAUCUUUUCAGUGAUCUGGACAAGUGUUCUGACCAGGGAGUGACAGGUUAUGACAUUUCCAUGUCAACUCUAAAUGAAGUCUUUAUGAAACUGGAAGGACAGUCAACUAUUGAACAAGAUUUCGAACAAGUGGAGAUGAUAAGAGACUCAGAAAGCCUCAAUGAAAUGGAGCUGGCUCACUCUUCCUUCUCUGAAAUGCAGACAGCUGUGAGUGACAUGGGCCUCUGGAGAAUGCAAGUCUUUGCCAUGGCACGGCUCCGUUUCUUAAAGUUAAAACGCCAGACAAAAGUGUUAUUGACCCUAUUAUUGGUAUUUGGAAUCGCAAUGUUCCCUUUGAUUGUCGAAAAUAUAAUGUAUGCUAUGUUAAAUGAAAAGAUCGAUUGGGAAUUUAAAACCGAAUUAUAUUUUCUCUCUCCCGGACAACUUCCUCAGGAACCCCGUACCAGCCUGUUGAUCAUCAAUAACACAGAAUCAAAUAUUGAAGAUUUUAUAAAAUCACUGAAGCAUCAAAAUAUACUUUUGGAAGUAGAUGACUUUGAAAACAGAAAUGGUACUGAUGGCCUCUCAUACAAUGGAGCUAUCAUAGUUUCUGGUAAACAAAAGGAUUAUAGAUUUUCAGUUGUGUGUAAUACCAAGAGAUUGCACUGUUUUCCGAUUCUUAUGAAUAUUAUCAGCAAUGGGCUACUUCGAAUGUUUAAUCACACACAACAUAUUCGAAUUGAGUCAAGCCCAUUUCCUCUUAGCCACAUAGGACUCUGGACUGGGCUGCCGGAUGGUUCCUUUUUCUUAUUUUUGGUUCUAUGUAGCAUUUCUCCUUAUAUCACCAUGGGCAGCAUCAGUGAUUACAAGAAAAAUGCUAAGUCCCAGCUAUGGAUUUCGGGCCUCUACACUUCUGCUUACUGGUGUGGGCAGGCACUAGUGGACGUCAGCUUCUUCAUUUUAAUUCUCCUUUUAAUGUAUUUAAUUUUCUACAUAGAAAACAUGCAGUACCUUCUUAUUACAAGCCAAAUUGUGUUUGCUUUGGUUAUAGUUACUCCUGGUUAUGCAGCUUCUCUUGUCUUCUUCAUAUAUAUGAUAUCAUUUAUUUUUCGCAAAAGGAGAAAAAACAGUGGCCUUUGGUCAUUUUACUUCUUUUUUGCCUCCACCAUCAUGUUUUCCAUCACUUUAAUCAAUCAUUUUGACCUAAGUAUAUUGAUUACCACCAUGGUAUUGGUUCCUUCAUAUACCUUGCUUGGAUCUAAAACAUUUUUGGAAGUGAGAGACCAGGAGCACUACAGAGAAUUUCCAGAGGCAAAUUUUGAAUUGAGUGCCACUGAUUUUCUAGUCUGCUUCAUACCCUACUUUCAGACUUUGCUAUUCGUUUUUGUUCUAAGAUGCAUGGAACUAAAAUAUGGAAAGAAAAGAAUGCGAAAAGAUCCUGUUUUCAGAAUUUCCCCCCAAAGUAGAGAUGCUAAACCAAAUCCAGAAGAACCCGUAGAUGAAGAUGAAGAUGUUCAAGCAGAAAGAAUAAGAACAGCAACUGCUCUCACCACUUCAGUCUUAGAUGAGAAACCUGUUAUAAUUGCCAGCUGUCUACACAAAGAAUAUGCAGGCCAGAAGAAAAGUUGCUUUUCAAAGAGGAAGAAGAAAAUAGCAGCAAGAAAUAUCUCUUUCUGUGUUCAAGAAGGUGAAAUUUUGGGAUUGUUAGGACCCAAUGGUGCUGGAAAAAGUUCAUCUAUUAGAAUGAUAUCUGGGAUCACAAAGCCAACUGCUGGAGAGGUGGAACUGAAAGGCCACAGUUCAGUUUUGGGCCACCUGGGGUACUGCCCUCAGGAGAACGUGCUGUGGCCCAUGCUGACGUUGAGGGAGCACCUGGAGGUGUAUGCUGCCGUCAAGGGGCUCAGGAAAGCGGACGCGAGGCUCGCCAUCACAAGAUUAGUGAGUGCUUUCAAACUGCGUGAGCAGUUGAAUGUUCCUGUGCAGAAAUUAACAGCAGGAACCAUGAGAAAGUUGUGUUUUGUGCUGAGCCUCCUGGGAAACUCACCUGUCUUGCUCCUGGAUGAACCAUCUACAGGCAUAGACCCCACAGGGCAGCAGCAAAUGUGGCAGGCAAUCCAGGCAGUCGUUAAAAACACAGAAAGAGGUGUCCUCCUGACCACCCAUAACCUGGCUGAGGCAGAGGCCUUGUGUGACCGUGUGGCCAUCAUGGUGUCUGGAAGGCUUAGAUGCAUUGGCUCCAUCCAACACCUGAAAAACAAACUUGGCAAGGAUUACAUUCUAGAGCUAAAAGUGAAGGAACCUUCUCAAGUGACUUUGGUCCACACUGAGAUUCUGAAGCUUUUCCCACAGGCUGCAGGGCAGGAAAGGUAUUCCUCCUUGUUAACCUAUAAGCUGCCCAUGGCAGACGUUUACCCUCUAUCACAGACCUUUCACAAAUUAGAGGCAGUGAAGCAUAACUUUAACCUGGAAGAAUACAGCCUUUCUCAGUGCACAUUGGAGAAGGUAUUCUUAGAGCUUUCUAAAGAACAGGAAGUAGGAAAUUUUGAUGAAGAAAUUGAUACAACAAUGAGAUGGAAACUCCUCCCUCAUUCAGAUGAACCUUAAAACCUCAAACCUACUAUUUCAUUCUGAAUAUCACACAAAAAAAAUUCAAAGACCAAGCAGUAUUCCUUCUGUGAUUUUUUGGAUAAUAAGGGGUUCAAUUCAACAAGAGGAGUUAACUAUCCUAAAUAUAUAUCCACCCAACAUUGGAGCACCCAGAUUCUUAAAACAAUGAUUUCUAGACCUAUGAAAAGACUUAGAGAGCCAAACAAUGGUAGUAGGAAACUUCAACACCCCAUUGACAGUGUUAAACUGACCAUUGAGGUAGAAAACUAACAAGAAAUUUUGGACUUCAAUUUGACACUUGACCAAUUGGACCUAAUAGGCAUCUAGAGAACACUUCACUGAUCAGCACAGAAUAUAUACAUUCUUCUCAUCUGCACACAGAACAUACUCCAAGAUUGGCCACAUGCUCAGACAUAAAAGCAAAUCUCAAUACAUUUUAAAAAGUUGAAAUCAUACCAACCAUACUCUCAGACCACAGUAGAAUAAAAAUAGCAAUACCAAGAAGAUCUCCCCAAAUCAUGGAAUUACAUGGAAAUUUAAAAACUUUCUCCUGAAUGACUUUUCGGUAAAUGAUGAAAUUAAGGCAGAAAUAAAAAAAAUUUUUUGAAAUAAAUGAAAACAGAGAUACAACAUACUCAAAUCUCUGGAAUGCAGCAAAAGCAGUGGUAAGAGGGAAGUUUGUAGCACUAAAUACCUACUUCAAAAAGUUAGAAAGAUGUAAAAUUAACAUUCUAACAUAACACCUGGUGGAACUAGAAGAACAAGAACAAAAUCCCAAAACUAGCAGAAGAAAAGAAAUAACUAAAAUCAGUGCAGAACUAACAAAAUUGAGGCCCAAAAUUCCACACGAAGAAUAAGUGAAACCAAAAAUUGGUUUUUUGAACAGAUAAACAAGAUCGAUAGACAACUAGCUAGACUAAAAAAGAAAAAAAAAAAAGAGAGAAAAUCCAAAUAAGCACAAUCAGAAAUGACAAAGGCGACAUUACAACUGAUCCCACAGAAAUACAAAAGAUCCUCUGAGACUAUUAUGAACACCUCUAUGCACACAAACUAGAAAAUCUAGAGGAAAUGGAUAAAUUCCUGGAAACACGCAAUCUCCCAAGAUCCGACCAGGAAGAAAUUGAAACGCUAGCAGACCAAUACCAAGUUCCAGAAUUGAACCAGUAAUGAAAAACCUACCAACCAAGAAAAGACCCAGACCAGAUGGAUUCACAACUGAAUUCUAUCAGACUUACAAAAAAGAGCUGAGCAAUUUUACUGAAACUAUUCUAAAAAUUCACAGAUGAGGGACUACUCCCUAACUCAUUUUAUGAAGCCAGCAUCACCCUAAUACCAGAACCUGGCAAAGACACAACAAAGAAAACUACAGAACAAUAUCCCUGAUGAAUAUAGAUACAAAUAUCUUCAGCAAAAUGUAAGCAAACUGAAUUUAACAGCACAUCAGAAUUUAGUUUACCAUGAUUAACUUGCCUUAAUUCCUGGGAUACAAGGUUGGUUCAACAUACACAAAUCAAUAAAUGUGAUUUACCACAUAAAGAGAAUUAAAAAUAAAACCAUAUGAGUAUAUCAUUAGAUGUGGGAAAAGCCUAUGAUUAAAUCCAGCAUCCCUUCAUGAUUAAAACCCUCAACAAAAUAGGCAUUGAAGGAACUUACCUCAAAAUAAUAGGAGCCAUCAAUGACAAACCCAUAGCCAACAUUAUACUGAAUGGGCAAAAGAUGGAACCAUUCCCCUUGAGAACUGGAACAAGACAAGGAUGCUCACUUUCACCACUCCUAUUCAACAUAGUACUGAAGUUCUUGCCAGAGUAAUGAUGCAAGAAAAGGAAAUAAAAAUAUCCAAAUAGAUAGCCACACAAAAAAUAAAUUCCUAGGAAUACAUCUAACUUAUCUAACCAAGGAGGUGAAAGAUCUCUGUAAGAUGAAUUAUAAAACACUGCUGAAAGAAAUCAUAGAUGACACAGAAAAAUAUGACAUGCUUAUGUAUUGAAAUAAUAUAGUUAAAAUGGCCAUACUCCCCAAAGCAAUCUACAGAUUUGACACUAUUUCUACCAAACUAUUAAUGUCAUUUUUAAUGGAAUUAGAAAAAAUAUUUUAAAAUUUAUAUUAAAAAGCGUGAAUGGCCGAAACAACGAUAAGCAAAAAGAACAAAGCUGGAGGCAUCACAUUACUUGACUUCAAACUAUACUAUAAGGCUACGGUAACCAAAACAGCAUGAUAUUUGUACAAAAAAGGCAUAUAGACCAAUGGAACAGAAUAGAGAACACAGAAAUAAAGCCACACACCAAUAGCCAUCUGUUCUUUGACAAACAGACAAAAUAAGCAAUUGGGAAAGGACUCCAUAUUUAAUAAAUGGUGCUAGGAUAGUUAGCUAGCAAUAUGCAGAAUAAUCAAAGUGGACCCCCACCUUUCACCGUAUACAAAAUUUAACUCAAGAUGAAUCAAAGAUUUAAACCUAAGACUUCAAACUGUAAGAAUCCUAUGAGAAAACCUAGGAAACACCAUUCUGGACAUCUGCCUUAGGAAAGAAUUUAUGACUAAGUCCUCAAAAGCAAUUGCAACAAAACCAAAAAUGGACAAGCGGGACCUAAGUAAACUAAAGAACUUCUGCACAGCAAAAGAAACUAUCAACAGAGUAAACAGAAAACCUAGAGAACAGGAGAAUAUAUUCAUAACCUAUUCAUCUGACAAAGGUCAAAUAUCAAGAAUCUAUAAGGAACUUAUUUCAACAAGCAAAAAACCAAUAAUCCCAUUAAAAAGUGGUCAAAAACAUGAACAGACACUUCUCAAAGGAAGACAUACAAGCAGUCAACAAACAUGAAAAAAUGCUCAACAUUGCUAAUCAUCAGAGAAAUGCAAAUCAAAUCCACAAUGAGAUACCAUAUUAUACCAGACAGAAUUGUUAUUAUUAAGAAGUUAAAAAACAGCAGAUACCAGCAAGGCUGUGGAGAAAAGGGAACACUGCCACUGUGGAAAGCAGUUUGGAGAUUUCUCAAAGAACUUAAAAUAGAACUACCAUUUGACCCAGCAAUCCCAUUAUUGGGUAUAUAACCAAAGGAAAAUGCACACAAACUAGAAAACCUAGAGGAAAUGGAUAAAUUUCCAAAAAAACAUGACCUCAUAUGCUCAUCACAGCAGUAUUCACAACAGCAAAGACAUGGAAUCAACCGAGAUGCCCGUCAGUGGUGGAUUGGAUAAAGGAAAUGUAGUACAUAUAUACCCUGGAAUAAAAAGGAAUACCCAGCCAAAAAAUACACUCAGCCAUAAAAAGGAACAAAAUCAUGUCCUUUGCAACAACAUGGACACAGCUAGAAGCCAUUAUUCUAAUCGUAGUAAUGCAGGAACAGAAAACCAAAUACCACAUGUUCUCAUUUAUAAGUGGGAGCUAAAUAUUGAGUAUCCAUGGACAUAAAGAUGGCAACAAUAGUCCCCCAGGGAACUAAUAGACAAGGGAGGGAGACAAGGAGAAACUAACAAUUGUUUACUAUACUCACUGUCUGGGUGACUAGAUCAUUUGUAUCCCAAACACAGCAUAUGCAAUAUACUCAUGUAACAAACCUUCACAUGUACCUCCUGAAUCUAAAAUAAAAGUUGAAAUUAUAAAAAUAAAAAUAAAAAUAUUUUUAUAGUCAAUGAAGAAAAUUUGUAUAAUAGAGAAAAAUAUAGAAAUUAUAUAAAAUUGAAUAAAAGAAUCACCAUGUCAAGGAGAUAAUGGAGCAAGAUGGUAGAAUAGUUCUCACCAGUGAUUGUCCUUCUAUAAAAACGUCUAUUUGAAUAACUAUCCACAAAAAGAUCUUCACAAGAGCUAAGAAAACCAGGUGAUAAAUCACGGUACCUGGUUAAAGCAUAAUAAGAAAAGAGGCCAGGCAUGAUGGCUCAUACCUGUAAUCCUAAUGCUUUGGGAGGAUGAGGUGGGAAGAUCACUUGGGACCAGGAGUUCAAGACCAUCCUGGGCGACAUAGCAAGACCCUAUCACUACAAACUACAAAAAAAAAAGUAAAAGUUAGCUAGGUGGUAUGUGCUUGUGGUCCAAGCUACCCAGGAGGCUGAGGUGGGAGGAUUGUUUAAGCCCAGGAGUUUAAGGCUGUCUCUGUCUCCUUCAGUUUUACUCUGAUCUUAGUUAUUUCGUGUCUUCUGCUAGCUUUUGAAUUUGUUUGCUCUUGCUUCUCUAGUUCUUUUAAUUGUAAUGUUAGGGUGUCAAUUUUAGAUCUUUGCUGCUUUCUUGUGUGGGCAUUUAGUGCUAUAAAUUUCCCUCUAAACACUGCUGUAGCUGUCCCAGAGAUUCAGGUAUGUUGUGUCUUUGUUCUCACUGGUUUCAAAGAACUUAUUUAUUUCUGCCUUAAUUUUGUUAUGUACCCAGUAGUCAUUCAGGAGCAGGUUGUUCAGUUUCCAUGUAGUUGUGCAGUUUUGAGUGAAUUUCUUAAUCCUGAGUCCUAAUUUGAUUGCACUGUCGUCUGAGAGACUGUUUGUUAUGAUUUCCAUUCUUUUGCAUUUGCUGAGGAGUGUUUUACUUCCAAUUAUGUGGUCGAUUUUAGAGUAAGUGCUGUGCGGUGCUGAGAAGGAUGUAAUUUCUGUUGAUUUGGGGUGGAGAGUUCUGUAGAUGUCUAUUAGGUCUGCUUGGUCAGAGCUGAGUUCACGUCCUGAAUAUCCUUGUUAAUUUUCUGUCUUGUUGAUCUGUCUAAUAUUGACAAUGCAGUGUUAAAGUCUGCCACUGUUAUAGUGUGAAAGUCUAAGUCUCUUUGUAGGUCUCUAAGAACUCGCUUUAUGAAUCUGGGUGCUCCUGUAUUGGAUGCAUAUAUAUUUAGGAUAGUUAUCUCUUCUUGUUGCAUUGAUCCCUUUACCAUUAUGUAAUGCCCUUCUUUGUGUCUUUUGAUCUUUUUUUGUUUAAAAUCUGUUUUAUCAGAGACUAGGAUUGCAGCCCCUGCUUUUUUUUGCUUUCCAUUUGCUUGCUAAAUAUUCCUCCAUCCCUUCAUUUUGAGCCUAUGUGUGUCUUUGCAUGUGAGAUGCAUCCUGAAUACAGCACACUGACUGAUAAGUCUUGGCUCUUUAUCCAAUUUGCCAGUCCGUGUCUUUUAAUUGGGGGCAUUUAGCCCGUUUACAUUUAAGGUUAAUAUUGUUAUGUGUGAAUUUGAUCCUGUCAUUAUGAUGCUAGCUGGUUAUUUUGCCCAUUAGUUGACGCAGUUUCUUCAUAGUGUUGAUGGUCUUUCCAUUUUGGUUUGUUUUUGCAGUGGCUGGUACCAGUUUUUCCUUUCCAUAUUUAGUGCUUCCUUCAGGAGCUCUUGUAAGGCAGGCCUGGUGGUGACAAAAUCCCUCAGCAUUUGCUUGUCUAUAAAGGGUUUUAUUUCUCCUUCACUUAUGAAAUUCAGUUUGGCUGGAUAUGAAAUUCUGGGUUGAAAAUUCUUUUCUUUAAGAAUGUUGAAUAUUGUCCCCCAAUCUCUUCUGGCCUCUAGGGUUUCUGCCAAGAGAUCCACUGUUAGUCUGAUGGGCUUCCCUUUGUGAGUAAACAGACCUUUCUCUCUGGCUGCCCUUAACAUUUUUUCCCUCAUUUCAACCUUGGUUAAUCUGACGAUUAUGGGUCUUGGGGUUGCUCUUCUCGAAGAGUAUCUUUGUGGUGUUCUCUGUAUUUCCUGAAUUUGAAUGUUGGCCUGUCUUGCUAGAUUGGUGAAGUUCUCCUGGUUAAUAUCCCAAAGAGUGCUUCCCAACUUGGUUCCAUUCUCCCCGUCACUUUCAGGUACACCAAUAAAAUGUAGGUUUGGUCUUUUCACAUAGUCUCAUAUUUCUUGGAGACUUUGUUCAUUCCUUUCUAUUCUUUUUUCUCUAAUCUUGUCUUCAUGCUUUAUUUCAUUAAGUUGAUCUCCAAUCUUUGAUAUCCUUUCUCCCGCUUGAUCAAUUCAGCUAUUAAUACUUGUGUAUGCUUCACAAAGUUCUCAUGCUGUGUUUUUCAGCUUCUUCAGGUCAUUUAUGUUCUUCUCUAAACUAGUUAUUCUAGUUAGCAAUUCCUCUAAACUUUUAUCAAGGUUCUUAGCUUCCUUGCAUUAGGUUAGAACAUGCUCUUUUAGCUCGAAGGAGUUUGUUAUUACUCACCUUCAGAAGCCUACUUCUGUCAAUUCAUUAAACUCAUUCUCUAUCCAGUUUUGUUCCCUUGCUGGCAAGGAGUUUUGAUUUUUUGGAGGAGAAUAGGCAUUCUGGUUUUUUGAAUUUUCAGCCUUUUUGCACUGGUUUUUCCUCAUCUUCGUGGAUUUAUCUACCUUUGGUCUUUGCUGUUGGUGACCUUUGGAUGGAGUUUUUGCGUGGUCGUCCUUUUUGUUGAUGUUGAUGCUAUUGCUUUCUGUUUGUUAGUUUUCCUUCUCACAGUCAGGCCUCUCUUCUGCAGGUCUACUGGAGUUUGCUGGGGGUCCACUCCAGACCCUGUUUGCCUGAGUAUCACUAGCGGAGGCUGCAGAACAGCAAAAAUUGCUGCCUGCUCCUUCCUCUGGAAGCUUCGUCCCAGAGGGGCACCCGCCAGAUGCCAGCUGGGCUCUUCUGUAUGAACUGUCUGUCAACCCCUGCUGGGAGGUGUCUCUCUGUCAGAAGGCACAGGGGUUAGGGACUCACUUGAGUAGGCAGUCUGUCCCUUAGCAGAGCUCGAGCACUGUGCUGAGAGAUCCACUGCUCUCUUCAGAGCCAGCAGGGAGGAACAUUUAAGUCUGCUGAAGCUGUGCCCACAGCUGCCCCUUCUCCCAGGUGCUCUGUCCCAGGGAGAUCAGAGUUUUAUCUAUAAGCCCCUGAUUGGGGCUGCUGCCUUUCUUUCAGAGAUGCCCUGCCCAGAGAGGAGGAAUCUAGAGGGGCAGUCUGGCUAUAGUGGCUUUGCUGAGCUGUGGUGGACUCCACCCAGUUUGAACUUCCUGGCAGCUUUGUUUACACUGUGUGAGGAAAACCACCUAUUCAAGCCUUAGUAAUGGCAGACACCCCUCCCUUCACCAAGCUCGAGCACCCCAGGUCGACUUCAGACUGCUGUGCUGGCAGUGAGAAUUUCAAUCUAGUGGAUCUGACAUUGCUGGGCUCUGUGAAGGUGUGAUCUGCUGAGCUAGACCACUUGGUUCCCUGGCUUCAGCCCCCUUUCCUGGUGAGUGAACGGUUCUGUCUCACUGGCGUUCCAGGUGCCACUGGGGUACAAAAAAAAUUCCUGCAGCUAGCUCGGUGUCUGCCCAAAUGGCCACCCAGCUUUGUACUUGAAACUCAGGGCCCUGGUGGUGUAGGCACCCAAGAGAAUCUCCUGGUCUGUGGGUUGUGAAGACCAUGGGAAAAGCAUAGUAUUUGGGCCGGAGUGCACCAUCCCUCAAGGCACAGUCCCUCACGCUUCCCUUGGCUAGGGGAGGGAGUUCCUUGACCCCUUGUUCUUCCCGGGUGAGGCAACGGCCCACCCUGCUUCUGCUCCCCCUCCGUGGGCUACACCCACUGUCUAACCAGUCCCAAUGAGAUGAACCGGGUACCUCAGUUGGAAAUGCAGAAAUCACCCGUCUUCUGUGUUGAUCUCGCUAGGAGCUGCAGACCAGGGCUGUUCCCUUUCGGCCAUCUUGCCCGGGAGCUGCAUUUUAUUUUUUAAAUUUUUGUAUUUUUUUGUUCAUUUAUAUUUAUGCUUUAAUCUUUUUCUUAUCUAUUAUAUAAGCAUUUUAUGUAAUUAAAUAUUUUAUCUGUAUAUUUUACAGAUAUAAUUGUAUCUGAAGAGUUACAUUUCCAAACCUGUGAUAAAUAACCUAUAAUUUGUUCAUUCUGGAACCAUUAGUGCUUUAUAAAUGUAAAUUUGUUUUAUAAUGAUAGUUGAAUUUAUUUAAAUUAUUUCUAAAACCCAAGCAAUAAAUUCUCCUGUCUUGCUCAAAUGAAUAACAUGACAAUAUAUAUAACCACUUUAGAUAACAAUAUAAUGAAAUCUUUGCUUGUGUUUUUGAUAAACUAUAAGUUUUCUUAAGUGUUAUGGAAAUGUUUACAAGAUACUGAGUAACCAACAUCAGAUAUAGUAUAAAUGUUUUAAAAGUAUUAAAAUGGACAUAGUUUGCUAAAAA